AUGGCGAAUCCAGGUCGAGAAAGUGUUAGUACUCGUUUUUCGGAUAACUAUGACCUCAAAGAAGAACUUGGAAAGGGAGCAUUCUCAAUAGUAAGGCGAGCAGUUCAAAAAUCAACUGGAUAUGAAUUUGCGGCGAAAAUAAUAAAUACCAAGAAACUCUCAGCUAGAGACUUUCAGAAAUUAGAGAGAGAAGCUCGAAUUUGCCGAAAACUACAACAUCCUAACAUUGUAAGACUGCACGAUUCUAUUCAGGAGGAACAUUUUCACUAUCUCGUUUUUGAUUUAGUAACAGGUGGAGAAUUGUUUGAAGAUAUAGUGGCACGAGAAUUUUAUUCUGAAGCCGACGCAUCUCAUUGUAUUCAACAAAUCUUGGAAUCUGUACACCAUUGCCACCAUAAUGGCGUUGUUCACAGAGAUCUAAAGCCUGAAAACUUGUUACUCGCUAGCAAAGCUAAAGGUGCCGCUGUAAAAUUAGCUGACUUUGGCUUAGCUAUUGAAGUCCAAGGCGAUCAGCAAGCAUGGUUCGGAUUUGCUGGGACUCCUGGCUAUCUUUCACCUGAAGUACUUAAAAAAGAACCUUACGGGAAACCAGUAGAUAUUUGGGCCUGCGGUGUUAUAUUAUACAUUUUACUUGUGGGUUACCCGCCAUUUUGGGAUGAAGAUCAACACCGAUUAUAUGGACAAAUUAAAGCUGGUGCUUACGACUAUCCAUCACCUGAGUGGGACACUGUAACACCAGAAGCCAAAAGUCUGAUUAAUCAAAUGUUAACAGUAAAUCCUAGCAAGAGAAUAACCGCUUCUGAGGCCUUGAAGCACCCAUGGAUUUGCCAUCGCGAACGUGUUGCAUCUGUUAUGCAUCGGCAGGAGACCGUAGACUGCUUGAAGAAAUUCAACGCCCGUCGCAAAUUGAAAGGUGCCAUUUUAACUACCAUGCUUGCUACUCGCAAUUUCUCAGGUAAAUCUAUGGUUAAUAAGAAAGGCGAUGGUUCACAAGUUAAAGAAUCUACUGAUAGUAGUACCACGCUAGAAGAUGAUGAUUUGGAUAAAGACAAAAAAGGUGUCGACAGAGCGUGUACAGUUAUUUCAAAAGAACACGAUGAAGAAGCCCUUACUAAAGCCGAUUCCUUCGGAAAAGCUCGAGGUGAUAGCAAUGCAUCUCUGCGUCGCGCUGAAGUUAUUAAAGUUACAGAAGUAUUGAUAGACGCCAUUAAUAAUGGUGACUACGAUACAUAUUCUAAAUUAUGUGACCCAAAUGUGACUGCUUUCGAUCCUGAUGCUUUAGGUAAUCUGGUGGAAGGAGUAGAAUUUAGCAAGUUCUUUAUUGACAACACUCCAACACACGUUAAAACAAACACUACUAUUUUAAAUCCUAGAGUACAUUUACUUGGAGAAGAUGUUGCUGUAAUUGCAUAUGUGUGCGUUACUCAGAGUGUAGAUGCUGAGGGCCGACGAUCUACAAACCAGACCCAAGAAACUCGUAUCUGGCACAAACGCUUUAACAAGUGGACUGCAGUUCAUUUCCAUCGCUCC